UUUUUCGUUUAUAAAACGCCGCGGUAACUGGAAAGCUGAGGAUUACAAUGGACUAAGCGUUCGGUGUACCAAUAUUCGGUGCGGAGUGAUGGCGCACGCCAAGGGCAAUGCGGUUCCGGCCGUGCGCGAGCCGAUAGCGGUGCGGUCGACCAAGCUGAACCACCUACUGCUGGGCCGUGGCAGUGGCCAGCUGGCCAACCGCCACCUGGCCAGCCGAGACAGCCUGCUGGACGCCCUGUUUGCGCUCUACGACGAGUGCAACAGGGAGCAGCUGCGCAGGGACAAGAACAUUGCCCUUUUCCUCGACAAGUACCAGGGCAUCGUGACGGAGCUGCGCCAGCUGCGGGUGAGCAUCUCGGACUUUGAGAUGAAGGCAGUGAUUGGCCGGGGCCAUUUCGGCGACAUCCACAUGGUGAAGGAGAAGGCCACAGGCGACAUCUAUGCCAUGAAGAUUCUCCGCAAGGACUACACCCUGUCCCAGAGGGAGGUGGCCUUCUACGAGGAGGAGCGGGACGUCCUGGUGCGAGCCCCGCAGGGGGGCCCCUGGCUGGUGCAGCUGCAGUACGCCUUCCAGGACGCCUCCCACCUGUACCUGGUCAUGGAGUUUCUACCCGGGGGCGACCUGUUUGGGCUGCUGGACCGCAGCGGGCCUGCCCUGCCCGAGGAGGACGCCCGCUUCUACCUGGCCGAGCUGGUGCUGGCCCUGCACGCCCUGCACACCCUCGGAUACGUACACAGGGACGUGAAGCCGGACAACGUGCUCAUCGACCGCACCGGCCACAUCAAGCUGGCCGACUUCGGCUCUGCUGCCAAGCUUGCGGACAGGAAAAGCAUGGGGAGCCGGAUGCCCGUGGGCACGCCGCACUACGUGGCGCCCGAGGUGCUGAGCGCCGUGGGCGGAGGCCCUGCGGCCCCUCGCGCGCACGGCACGGCCUGCGAUUGGUGGUCUCUGGGCGUGCUGGGCUACGAGAUGCUCUUCGGCCAGAACCCCUUCGCGGGCGACCGCAUCACCGUCACCUACAACAACAUCAUGAACUUCCAGGACUCGCUGACAUUCCCAAAAGAGGCGGAGGUCUCCGAGACGGCCGUCCGGAUGCUCCAAGGCCUGCUGACCUCGGCCGACCGGCGCUUCUCCUACCAAGACGUGUGCGGCCACACCUUCUUUGCCUCCGUCGACUGGAACAACAUCAGGCAGACGGUGCCCCCGUUUGUGCCGAGCCUGAGCGGGGAGGAGGACACGUCCAACUUCGACGAGUUUGAGCAGGAGACGCCCCGUCCCCGGGUGCCAGCCCUGCGGGACCAGAAGAAGGGCUUUGAGGGCAGCAGCCUGCCCUUCGUGGGCUUCACCCACACCCAGUGCGCCACCGGGGCAGCACUGGACAGGACGGUGAGCUUCCUGGAGGUGGGGUCUCCCCGGCGAGAGAGCCCCAACGUUGCGGGCCGACAGCAGCGCGGCCAGCCUCGGGAGCGGGCGCCCUCGGCGCGGGAGGAGGCUCUCCAGCAGGAGGUGCAGGGCAGCCAGGCCCGACUUAGGGAGGCCCAGGAGGCCAAAGCUCGGCUGGAGAGGCAGCUGCAGGACGCCGAGGCCAGGGAAGCGCACCUUCGGGCGGACAACCAGAACCUGAACAUGCUGGUGAGCCUGGAGCGCCAGGGGCGCCUGGUCUCGGAGGAGAAGGCGGUGCAGCUGGUGGGGGCCCUCAAGCGCAAGUACCGCAGGCAAGACGAGCUGCUCCGCAGUGGCCACUUCGUGCCGAGCCCCAAGAUUGCCGCACCUUCCGUCGAGGAAGCGGACGAGUCCAGCGGCGAGGAGCAGACCGACGGAGUAGGGCAACGGGAAAGUGCUCCAGAGCAGGAAAAGGAGCGGCUGGAGAGGGAGCUGCAGAAGGAGCGCUCGCGCUGCUCCAAGUACAAGGAGCACCUCAACAGGAUCUUGGCAGAGGGCAAAGACUGCAUGGAGGAAAUGCAGAAGAAGCACAAGUCCAACUUGGAGUACAUCGACGGCGUCCGCAAGGAAGUGGCGGAGGCUGUGGAGAAGCAACGCCGAGCGGAGCAAGCCCUCGACGUAUGCCGCGAAGAGUGUUCCAGUCACCGGGAAAAAGUGGCAGUCCUGGAAAAGCAGUUGGCCUCUCUCAAGUUGCAAGCAACAGACUCCCUGGAAGUGGCCGGGAAGGAGGGAGGGCCGUCCGGGGCCGAGCAACCCUCUCCGGCCCCGACUUCCUGCCUGGAGUGCGCCGUUGCUCUGGGACGGCUCAAGGCCGUGCUGGAAGAGCGGGACCGUCUGGUGUCCGAGGCCGCCCAGCUAAGGUGUCGUCUGAGUGGCCUGCAGGAGGCCAGGGCGUCUUCCGAACCGUCCGGGAGCAAGUCUGAGCUGCAGAGGGAGGCAGAGGGACUGCGCUCUGUUGUGACGCGGCUGGAGCGAGUGGCCAGGGCCCAGGAGCCGGCAGUUCGACCACCGGCCAUGUCCGGCAGCGGGGACAACAACGGGCUCGCUCAGGUUGCGCUAGCGCAAGCUGAGAAGUUGAACACAUUGGAAAAGCAGGCUCGAGACUUGGAGGAAGCCAACGCCCGUUAUGUGAAGGAGAUAGAGCGCCUCAACAUUGAAGUUCAACGCCUCACAAAGUCCCCGGUGGUCGAAGCAGCCGCUUGUCUCGCGACGGACGACGCAAAAACAUUGGUGGCCUCUCUCGGAGCAGAAGCACAGCCCCUGGCGUCUGAGGCUACGGCAGCGCUCGAGUCUCAGCUGGCGAAGACGCGGGAGUUCCUCUCGACCAGCCGGGCCCGCUGCGGGGAACUUCAGCUGCAGCUGCGCAAGAAGGAGGAGGCCCUGUCGGAAGCCCAGCUGGACGCCCGCAUCGCCAGGCGGGAGGCCAAGCGGAGCGAGGAGGGGGAGGCCGCCCUGAAGGGCCGCCUGGGGGAAGCCAGCCAGGAGCUGGAGGUCUUGAGGAAGGCAGAGGGAGACCUGAAGACGAGGGUGGCCCAACUGCAGGCGGCACUCCAGCGAGAGGAGAGGCAGGCGGCCACGGCCAAGCUCGGCUACGAGAAGGAGCUGGCCAAGUUGGAGGAGCGAGUUCAGAUGCUGAGGGACAAUUGCGGCACUGCCAAGAACCUUGAAGCCAAAUGCACCACGACGGCGGACGAAUGUCGUGACCUCACCAUUAAGUGCAAGGUGUUGGAGCUGGAAGCCCAACGGGAGGCCGAGACUCGCACACGGGUGGAGCGGGACUCCCAGGAGCUCGAGGAGGAGCUCAGGAAGGAGAGGGCCAAGACGGACAAGCUCAUCAAGACGCUGCAGUUGAUGAAGGACACCUGCGAGGAGUUGGAGAGGCAAGUUGUGGCCUAUGAGACCAUGUACCAAGAGGCAGAGAAGAAAGUAGCCAACUUCGACGCCGAGCGAGCCGCCCACGAGGACACGGUGGACAAGUUGAAUAAGAAGAAUGCCCUUUUGAAAGAGUCCCUGAUGCUGGAAAAAGCAGCCCGGUGA